CGGAAGCGGAGCUUUAAGAUGGCGUAUCAGACCUUCCGGCAGGAGUACCUGCAGGUGCCGCCCGUUACCCGGGCCUACACCACCGCCUGCUUCCUCACCACCGCCGCCGUGCAACUAGAACUAAUCACACCAUUUCAACUGUAUUUUAACCCCGAAUUAAUAUUUAAACACUUUCAAGUAUGGCGGUUGAUUACAAACUACUUAUUUUUUGGGCCAGUUGGAUUUAAUUUUUUAUUUAAUAUGAUUUUUUUAUAUCGUUACUGCCGAAUGCUUGAGGAAGGGUCUUUCCGAGGUCGGACGGCAGACUUCGUAUUUAUGUUCCUUUUUGGUGGACUUUUAAUGACUCUUUUUGGCUUGUUUGUGAACUUGGUUUUCCUGGGUCAGGCCUUUACUAUAAUGCUCGUGUAUGUGUGGAGCCGCAGGAAUCCCUACGUCCGUAUGAACUUUUUUGGUCUUCUCAUCUUCCAGGCCCCAUUUCUGCCCUGGGUACUCAUGGGCUUUUCACUGCUAUUGGGGAACUCCAUCAUUGUGGAUCUUUUGGGGAUCGCAGUUGGACACAUAUAUUUUUUCUUAGAGGAUAUCUUUCCUAAUCAGCCUGGUGGUGGACGGCUUCUGAAAACACCAUCUAUUUUGAAAGCAAUCUUCGAUACACCAGAAGAUGAUCCCAAUUACAAUCCGCUGCCCGAAGAGCGACCAGGAGGAUUUGCAUGGGGUGAAGGUCAGCGCCUGGGAGGCUAAUAAAUGGCUGUGCCAAUACCCAGACGUAACUGGAAGGAACUAAAUUGAAGUACCAUAUUGGGAAUUCUUUCUCCUUGUUGCAGAAAGGACACUUUACAGCUUUAUGGUUCUGAAUACAAGAAGCACUUUAUGAUAUGGCAGUCUAACUAAUCCAAGACAUUUCCAGGAGACUACUAGUGUCUCUCUACACCUGGGGUUUUGUUGUAUUGGUACUGAAAGCAUAAUCUAGUGGAGCCAAAAAAACAACCAACCAACCGGAAACCAUUUUCUGUUAACUUCAGUUAACAAGACUAUGCAUACUCAUUUAAAAAUGUUUCUAAGGCAUUUUUUCCGAGUUAUUUGAUACAGGAAACUGUAUGGGAAACUUUGAGGGACAAAAUAAAACUUUGGCUUUAA